AUGCAUACUUCUUGGCUGAGUAGGGCUUUUAAGAAAAAGGUUGAACAUAAUCCGAGGGUUCAGAUCAAGGAAUUGGUGAACAAGGCACAAAGGAAAUGGAAUCUGACAGUUACAACCUCAAUGGCAGCUAGGUCAAGGCAAGCGGCGUUGGAUGAGAUACAAGGCGAGUAUAGGAAGCAGUACAACAGGAUUGGUGAUUACUGCUAUGAAUUGCUCCGUUCUAAUCCAGGAUCCUCAGUGACUCUGAAGGUACAGAGGUCCCCUGACUUUGAGCAUGAGCAGCAACACUCAUCUUUGAACAACUAUUGCAUAUUUCAGAGACUUUAUGUAUGCCUAGACGCCUGCAAGAAAAGCUUUCUGCAAUGUAGAAAGUUUAUUGGGUUAGAUGGCUGCUUUCUGAAAACACCUCAAGGAGGGCAGCUGUUGACUGCUAUAGGAUGGGAUCCGAAUGAUCAGAUGCUCCCUAUAGCCUAUGUCGUUGUGGAGUCAGAGACGAAAGAUAGCUGGACUUGGUUCCUGAGGCUCUUAAUUGAUGACUUUGGGUCGGACACAAUUGGCAGGGCAACCUUCAUGUCUGAUCAGCAGAAGGGGUUACUGCCAGCUUUUGAUGAGGUGAUCCCAGGUGUGGAUCACAGGUUCUGCGUUCGCCAUCUAUACAGCAACUUCAGAAAAAAAUUCCCUGGACUGCACUUGAAGCAACUGAUGUGGAAAUGUGCUAAAGCUACACACUGGAAGGACUGGGAGAGAGAAAUGGCAGUGGUCCGAGUGGCAAAUGUGGAGGCUCACAGGCAUCUCAACUCUAUUCCUCCUAGAUUCUGGAGCAGGUCCAGGUUUACCUUUAACUCCAAAUGUGAUACCCUUGUAAACAAUAUGUGUGAAAGCUUUAAUGGGGCUAUAGUGGAUUCUAGGGAGAAGCCCAUCAUAACUAUGCUAGAAGAAAUCAGGGUAUACCUAAUGAGUAGAUGGGCUGUUAAUAGAGAAAGAAUUAAAAAGUUCAAUGGAACAAUUUUACCUAGAAUUAGGAAAAAGAUAGAGAGAAGAGGAAGGGCAGCCGGUGAGUGGAGGCCUUACUGGUCUGCUGCACAAACUUAUGAGGUUGUCAAUGGGUUAAGCAAAUAUGCUGUUGAUUUGUCUCUUCGUGAGUGUUCAUGUAGGAAAUGGCAGCUAAGUGGAAUUCCCUGCACUCAUGCCCUCAGCUGUAUAAACUUCAAGGGUCUUGACUUGGAAGCGUAUGUAGAUGACUGCUACAAGAGAGAUGCAUAUGUCAAGUGUUAUGAAUCCGUCAUCAACCCUGUCAAUGGCCCAGAUCUGUGGCAGCAGACUAAUUUCGACGAUGUUAUGCCACCCCCUUAUCGGAAGCCUAGUCACAGACCAGUAAAAAAAAGGAAAAGAGGACCUGAGGAAUCAGAGGUAACAUGCCAGACACACAUGUCUAGGAGGGGGCAGAUACAGAGAUGUUCAAAGUGUGGUGGAGCAGGUCACAAGAGAGGAAGGUGCAGCAAUCCACCCCUCCUUGCCCAACCAGCUAAACAAACUGCUGCCAACACUGCUACUAGAGGAAAGAAAAGGUCAAUUCCUAAACCUGCUAUGCAAGCUGCUACCAGAGGGAGGAAGAGGUCCAAAGCACAAGAAAAUUCAUCAUCACAGCCCCAACCAGCCACCAGCUCAACCCCUAUAACCAGGUCCAACUCAUCCUAUUCCCAGCCCAUCACCAAGCCCACAACACCUGCAACUAGGCCCAAUUCAAGACCAGCAGCUACUGCCCAACGAAGGCCCAACGUGAAGCCCAUGAGAAGCUCAGCCCAACCACCACCAUCUGCCAAGGAGAAGGGUGCAUCCAGUUCAAGGCAACCUGCUAUGAGCAAGGUCUCCUUCACCCACAACAUUGCACUACAUGUUUCUCCAAGGAAGUUGAGGCUGAUGGCAAAACUGCCUCCAAGGGAAUGGGGAAAACUUUAA